GAAAAAGAAAAAAGAAAGCAAAGAGUUUCCUAAAACACACAAAGAUGCGCGAGACCGGAGGAGGAGUUUGGGGGUUCACAGGCUCCACAAUGACAAGCCUCAUGUUCUUCUGGGCGAUGUACAAUCAGUUUUUCCCUUACCAUCUCCGAGUCCUGAUCGAGACAUACGUUUACAAGUUGAUGGGCUUGGUUUCUAACUCUGUUCACAUCAAGUUCAACGAGCACUCAGGUCUCAAGAAGAGUGAAGCUUACAACUCCAUACGCAGUUACUUGUCCUCCAAGUCAACGGCUCUUGCAGUGAGACUCAAGGCUAACGAGAAGGGAGGAGGAAAAUCUCUGGUGCUUAGUUUGGACGAUCACGAAGCUGUUGAAGAUGUGUUUAACGGUGUGAAGGUCCAAUGGUCUUCGAAUGUGAGCAAGCGUGAGGAGCACGCUAACGCAAGCGGUUCCGAGGAGAGGAGGUAUUUCACUCUUAGUUUUCAUAGGAGAAACAGAGAGAUGAUCAUUGAGAGGUAUCUUGGCCAUGUUUUGAGAGAAGGGAGAAAGAUUGAGUUCAAGAACAGAGAGAGGAAGCUUUACACUAACAACACGAGUCUUUAUGCGAGGGAAGGCAAAUGGUGUAGUGUUCCUUUUCAUCAUCCAGCUACGUUUGAGACUUUAGCUAUGGAGCUUGAGAAGAAGGAGAGGGUUAAAAAGGAUUUGAUAAAGUUUAGUAAAGGGAAAGAUUAUUACAGGAAAGUUGGGAAGCCUUGGAAGAGGGGUUAUCUCUUGUUUGGUCCUCCUGGGACUGGUAAGUCUACAAUGAUCUCUGCUAUGGCUAACUUCUUGGAGUAUGAUGUGUAUGAUCUUGAGUUAACUACAGUGAAGGAUAACUCUGACUUGAAGAAGCUCUUGCUUGAUACAAAAGGUAGGUCUAUUAUUGUGAUUGAAGAUAUAGACUGCUCUCUUGGUGUAACGGGGCAGAAGAGGAAGACGAAGGAGGAGGAGGAGGAAGAAGAUGAAGAGGGGAAGAAGGAGAAGGAGAAGACGUUUUAUGAAGAAAGUGAACGGAGCAAGGUUACUUUGUCAGGGAUGCUAAACGCUAUUGAUGGGUUAUGGUCAUCUUGUAGUGAUGAGAAGAUUAUGGUGUUUACUACCAACUUUGUGGAGAAUCUUGAUCUGGCGUUGAUAAGGAGAGGGAGAAUGGAUAACCAUAUUGAGAUGUCUUAUUGUAGGUUUGAAGCGUUUAAGGUUUUGGCUAAAAACUACUUGGAGAUUGAGUGGCAUGAGUUGUAUGGAGAGAUUGAGAGAUUGGUGGAGGAGAUUGAUAUGUCUCCUGCUGAUGUUGCUGAGAAUCUGAUGCCUAAGUCUGAUGAAGAAGAUGCAGAGAUUUGUCUUAAGCGUUUGGUUAAGUCUUUGGAAGAAGAGAAGGUGAAUGUGAGGAAGUUAGCUGAGGAAGAGGAGAAGAAGAAAGCAGAUCAAGAAGAGAAGUAGUUAGUUUGCUUCUACAACAAGAAAACUUAGAAUGAAGGAUUGUUUGCUUUUGCUGGAUCGCUAAUCAUGUUUUAAAUAUCGAGUUAAAUGAGUAUCUUAAGACUAAUCAUGUGUUAAUGCUUUCUUUAGUAUCUGAA